AUGAAACCAAGUUUAUCCUUUAGUGAAAAGAAAUAAAUUGUCUCUGAAGAUAAAGUUCUCAAUUAAAGUUGUCAUUGCACAGAUUGUGGAGGUAAAAUUCAUAAGAAAUUACUCUCAAAAUAAGAUAAUGAUCAUUUUCCACUUGAAAAGAUUAUCAAAAUUAAGCAUUUGGAAUUAGAUAAAACUCCAAAUAAUGUGGAAACACUUCUUCGCUCAAGUGGAAAUCCAUCUAUGUAAAUAUAAUUCAUAUUUUAAGACAUACUCCUAUUAAUUUAAGUAAAGCAAGAACAAAAUUUAAGCCAAUUACUCAUAUCCUUUAAAUGGUACAUGUGAAAAGUGUAUUAUCAAAGUUAGUAAAUUCUCAACCAAUCAAAAAAUAAUAAUAAGUGUUUUAAUCAUCUCCUUAAACUCUCUCUGAUUUUACUUCGAAGAUAUAAGCAUUGAAAAUUUUAGAACCUAAAGAAAUAUAAACUCCUUUGAUUGUAUAAAGAUUGAAAACUGAACCCAAUAUACAAAACUAGCAAUAACAAAUAUAAUUUGAUACAAAAAAGUUUUAUUAUCCACGAGUCUCUAGAAUAAGUUAAAUUGGAGCUUCAAGUCUAUUAAAUUCAUCAGAAGGAAUUGAUAAGAAACCUGUGAAUAAAUUAGCUGCUUUAACUAGUAGAUAUAAAUCUCCAGAUAAUCUAAAAAUAAGAACAUUAUCUUAAAGAAUUCAAUGUACUUAUUUCAAAAAAUCAGAUUCUAAAGUGAAAGACAUUGUAAAGAGACACAAUUGA